AUGGAAACCCCCGCCUUGGUGGACGUGGACAAACGGAUAGACUGCAUGUACAUCGACACCUCCCACUGUUCGUCAGGCAGGCCUACCUGGUACAUACCGCACAGGACGGCCGUCGUGCGGCAUGUGUUGGAUCUGGUUGCGCAAGUGCCUGCUUCAGACGGUGUGUUCAUCAAGUGCAAGCAGAUGGUGGGGUUUGAGCGGCUGUUCAAGGCCAUGGCCGAGCGAUUUCAAACGAAGGUGCAUGUGAACGAAUGUUGGCUCAGAAUCUUCGCGGGUGAUCCGGCCCUCGCCCAUGUGUUUACGAACGACCCCUCCAAAGCACGAAUACACGCACACCACGAUAUACUGGAUGGUCAAAAACCAGACUACUACAAUUCGCACGGACUGCCAUUGCCGUGUUGCAAGCAGUUUCUGAACACACCUAGACGGCAUUUAUUCCUGAGCAUAAAUGGAUGUAGGUAUCCCGGCACGCGUAUGUGGGAUCCCGACAUACAAAAGUUAGAUUAUCGGCCUCCAAUAGAUGUUCAGAGACCGUGUGGGAAGGGUUGGCAUCUGGUGCCUUAUCAGCAGCAUUCUUCGGUCUCCGAAAUCGAGGCAUUUAUUCGACGAGUCAACCCGCGCGUCCUGUACCCGUGCGUGGUCGACCCCGACGCCAAGAUAACUAUCCACGAUGUCUGGGGUUCACUCAGAAGGAUCCGUAAGACUGCAGAGGAAGACUACUUCAGAUAUGUCGCAGCUAAUUUCAAUCACCAGAAAGCUGUAGUACAUAGACCCAUCGGUUCUCGAAUGGAUUGCGGGAGUGACCCAUCUCCGCAUACCAAUCGGACCAUCCCGCACACGUAUGAACAUAGUAGCAACGCUGGCGGCUUGCAGAAGUCUUCGGACUCUUCUGAGUCCGCGAGCAUGCCAAGCAGUGCGAAUGGGAGUAAGUAUACAGCAGGCUUCGUAUCAAGACGGAAAGCGGCCAUUGGAAAGCGUUUGUUGCGUACGACGAGUUGUGGUGGAGCCGUACAGCGGGGUAGGCAGCUGCGCAGCACGACUGGUCACAACAACCGUGUGGCGUUAACGUCUUGUGCUAGCGACUAUAGUGCGACUUUGUUCGUGAGAAGCAAGUCAGGUAGUGGCGAUAAGGAUGCUAAGAUUUCUAACAGUGUUUUGAACGUCAACGAUUCACAAUCUCGGACGCAGACGGUAGAGUGCGGGACGAGCGGAGUGAAUGAAUCUGCGACAUUAGAGGGCGUUUAUUAUGCUAUGGAUACUACUGAAGUUAGGGGGGCCACGGUGUGCAUCGAUUUGACCUGACAGCUGAAUGCUGUGAAACCACCCGGCAUAGAACCUUGUGGAUGGUAGCUCUCGCAGCGAUGUCUUGGAUAUCACCAGAUAUACGUACGC